UUGUUUCAGAUUCUGCAAAUCAUCCCAGGAUGUCCUUUAGUGAGCAGCAGUGCAAGCAGCCAUGCGUGCCCCCUCCAUGUCUUCAAAAGGCCCAAGAGCAGUGCCAGGCGAAGGCUGAGGAGCUGUGCCUCCCCACGUGCCAGGACCCCUGCCAGGAGAAGGGCCUGGUGCAAGCUCAGGAGGUAUGUCUUCCUCAGUGCCAGGAGCUAAGCCAAGAAAACUGCCCACAGCAAAGCCAAGAUCCAUGCCUACCUCAGUGCCAAGACAAAUGUCCACCUCAGCGCGUAGAGCCAAGCCAGGAGCUGUUCCAGACAAAAUGUGUGGAGGUUUUCCCACAGAAGGUCCAGGAGAAGUGCUCGCCCCCUGGCAAAGGAAAGUAGCUGCCCAAGUGCCAUCUGGGGUCAAGAAGAUGGCCAACAGAUGACACGCCACCCCCAGCCCACGCUCUGGUGACCUUCUUCUGCGGGUAGCUCUGUAUGCAAUGCACCUUCUUGCCUCCUGGCUUCCUCAGUAUUCCAGGACUUGGUCUGUGUCUCUAAAGACAGUUCUCCCUGUAUGUCACCAACCUCUGUGAAUAAGAGUUGUUCUCAGCAGUCUGAUGGAAGAUCUUAAGUGUAGGAAUGGUGUGAUUGUCAGGGGAGACCACAGGAGCCUAGCACAGCUGCCUUGGGACAAAAAUUCACCCAGCCCUGAGUGUGUGACAGCCCCGGAUGCCUUCAUUCAUCU